GGGACGGUCGUGGUAACCAUUAACUACAGGCUGAAUAUAUUUGGUUUCCUAGCAACCAAGGGGUCUCCAGGUAACAUCGGUCUAUGGGACCAGACCUUGGCUUUGCAGUGGGUUCAGGAUAAUGUGCUAGAGUUCGGUGGUGAUCCUAAAAAGGUGACGAUUUUUGGCGAAAGCGCGGGAGGCACAAGCGUAAGUCAACUUGCAUUGUCUCCUCAUACGAAGGGCUUGUUUCAUCGUGUUAUCAGUGAAAGCGGGGUAUUGUAUUCCCCUUGGGCGUGGUCACAUCAGCAAGACGAACUGGUGGCGGCAGUCGCAAAAUACCUUCACUGUCCCCAGGACUCUCACAUGGUCGAUUGUUUUCGACAGCACAGCGCUCUUACUAUAUUUGUAGCAGCAACAAACGCUAGAAAUGAAGUGGUCAAAAACAUGAUGGGUAUCCCUUUCGCCCCAGUUGUCGACGGAGAUUUCUUCCCAGAGUCACCGAUGGUCACUCUGAAACAGAAAUCUUCGGAAAGUUACCUGCGCUUUAUUAGUCUCGAUUACAUGGCGGGGACUAUGAACGCGGAAGGGGGACUUGUAAUUCUGGCCCUGACGUCACCAAAUCUUCCGUUUAACGUGUCCCUGGGAGUGCCGACGUCAUACGUGGUGAAACACGCCAUACCAGAUGAGGUGACGUAUUUUUACGACAGCAGCAACAGGGACAAAAUACAGGAUGCGAUCAUCAAGGUGUACGCUGCUGACCCCAAAGUGGACAUAGUCACUCAGGGGAGAAAACUAGUGGACAUGUACGGAGACAUGAUGUUCGUAGCGCCUACUCUGCAGCUGCUUAGGGCACACGCCAAUUCCACUGCGCCACUGCAUGGGACGACGUACCAAUUUUAUUUCACGCACGUGCCGUCGCAUCACAUGAUCCCCACGAUGCCAUGGAUAAAGGGCGCGAACCACGUGGACGAGCUGCCGUACGUGUUUGGCGCCAAAACCAUGUAUCCGUCUGGAACAAACUUGACGCCGGAAGAACAAAAAUUAUCACUUGAGAUCAUGAGAUACUGGUCAAACUUUGCGAAAACGGGUAACCCCAAUAACGGGACCGGAGUCACGUGGCCAGAGUUCCAGACGUCCAAUCAAUCCUACAUAGAGCUAGGGGACGCAGUUCAGGCCAAAGUUAAUAUUCUUCCACAAAGAAUGCGUUUGUGGUUGGAAGAAAUACCGAACUUACUCGGCUGA